GUGGGAGAGGGGGAGUGAGCAAAUCAGGAAUUAUCACUUGGACUGAGCAAGAGAGGGAGACAGAGCUGUGCUCUAAAAAGGUAAAAGAGGGAAGAAAGGCAGAGAUCACGUUUUUUCUGGAGAGAAGUUCUCAGAUGGAGGACGGAUACUCACCUCGUCUCAGACAUUAAGAAUUUCAGGCUGAAGAGGACGAUGGACAUUAAGGAACAUCUUUCCUGUUACUAAUUUUUUGGACUACGACUGGAAUAGAGAAUCAAGGCAAGAAAAGUUUGUUUGAAUUUGUUCAAAUUGGAGCAUCUAUCUGUAAACGUUCCUUGGAAAAGUUCAGUAACAAAUCCUGCAACUUGGUCUAAGAAAACACCUUGUAAGUAAAAGACUAAAUUGAUGAGCCUUUGACCCUUCAAAGGCAGACAAAACUUCCCUGAUGGAAGAUUCCUUUGUAUUUAAUGGUACGUGAUAAAAUACAUUCUGUUUAUAAUGUGCAGUGCAUAAAUAGCUCAUGCAACUUUUAAUAUUUUCUGUGUGGCUUUAAACGUUCCAUUACUGCGCAACCGACAUGUCAUAACCAUCUGCACAAAAAAAAAAAGAAAUAGGACACAACUGGAUUAAAAAACAUUUGCAUAUAUCAGCAGUUCUUCUGGAUUUCAGCGGCUCUAGUUCUGGGGGGCCGAGUCUUGUUUCAUGCGUUUCCAUACCAGCAGAAUGACCUCUACACUUUUCUUAGUCUUGGUCUUUUUCUGGCUCGGCUUCUUGGAGGCUAACUGUCCUCCAGGGUGCCUGUGCCCCUCGGACAUAGUGGAGUGCGGUUCUCUGGGUAUGGACAGAUUUCCCCCUGUGCUGCCGCCCACUACUUCCAUCCUGGAUCUGAGCCAUAAUCGGCUCACAUGGUUGGCAGCCGGCAGUUUCCAUGGACUGUCCAGGCUGAGCUUUCUGCGUAUGUCCCAUAACCAAAUCUCUCUGCUCAGCCCGGCAGCCUUCCACAAUGCCAGCAACUUGCGCCAUGUGGACCUCUCGUCUAACCGCCUACAGGUAGUGGCGAGGCAUCACUUCCAAGACCUCCCUGGGCUGGAGGAACUUCUGCUCUACAACAACCGCAUCACCCGUGUAGAAAGCAAUGCCCUUAUGGGACUGAACAACCUCCGUAAAGUCUACUUAAGCCUCAACCAGAUCACAGACUUCCCCUUCUUCUCUAUUCGCAAACACAGCCAUCCCAAGCUGGAAACCCUGGACCUCUCGUCCAACCGCAUGUCCCGGCUACCACUGGACGAUGUUGUGCUGUUGCCUGUGGCUUUGCAACGAGGCUUGUUCAUCCAUAACAACAGCCUGGUGUGUGACUGUUCUACGUAUCGCAUGUUCUGGCACUGGGAUAAGGAAGGUUACAAAGCAAUCAGAGACUUUAAAGAUGACUAUACGUGCCGGAUGUACGGAGAACCUCUCACUGCCAUCCGUUUCCUUCGCAGCCCACGAUUCUUCGACAACUGCACUAUUGAAAAGAUGAUUUCUCUAAUCUCGCCCAAGGCCGAUAUGAUGGUACAUGAGGGGGAACAAGUCAGACUGGACUGCACUGGUACUCUCAGUAGUGUGGUCCUCUCUUAUUCAUGGGUCAUUCCUCACCAGGAAAACCUAACACUGUUGAUCCAGAAUGGCUCCCUGCGGUUGAACCAAGAUGGCAGCUUGGAGAUCAUAGCUGUCCAGUCAGGGGACUCAGGGAUCUACCAGUGUGUAGCUGUGGACACAGUCAGGAUGAUUAAUGAAUCCCGUGAGGUGAACCUGACAGUGGUUCCCCAACGCAUAACAGAUGAACCUUUCAGCACAGGUUACACCACCCUUCUGGGCUGUGCAAUCACUCUGGUGGUUAUACUCAUGUACCUAUAUCUAACUCCAUGUCGCUGUGGGUGCUGUAAACCCCCACCACCCUCACCAACCAUAUCUGGCCACGGAGACGACCGCUGUACUCUGGCAUCCAUCUUUGGAGCUCCGCCUAGUGAAGAGCUGAGACUGAAGGGCAAAUCCAACCCUGAAAGGCACGUGGUCUUCCUUGAGCCACUCAUGCAAGACAAGAACGGACACUUGACAUCGGCCAUUACACCUGGGCAGCCAACGCUGCUGUGGGACUCGCCGCAGAUGAGCAGAGUUAAAGGAUGUGAUGAAAUCAUGUAGCAUGUAUCAACGUAUUUGUUUCACAUCUGUUUGGCUGAAUUUUUGGCAAAGGGUUUGUGGAAUUUACAGAGAUAUGUACUGUGUGUGCUGGAAGCAAAUUAAGUAAUUUUUUUUAAGUAGAGUCCUUUUAUAUACAUAUUUCCCAAUGUUAUAGUAUAGUAUAAAUUUAAAUAAACAGAAAUGAGUGGCAGUGAACUGUCAAUACAAAA